AUGCGGCCUGCCUCUGAAAGCCCGACUCUUUUAAGGAGAAGGCCCGCCUCCAACUCCAUCCUGCUCACCAAAGUCCGCGCGGCCCGCUCCGCCUCCAUAGCCCACCAUUAUGGGCCUUGUACGUCUCCAUCUGACCAGUGUUCUGCUUACACAACGCACUUGGGCUUCGGCCUUCCUCACCUCAAGGCCCAAACACUAGACCGCCUCCAUUCGGCCUCUACUCUUGCAUUCGGUUUCACAACACGGUCCAGCCCCGUAUCGCACGGGCCCACCUCUGUCUGGCCCGCACUCCAAGUCCUCAACUCGAGUCCGCCAUCUAAGCCCAGAACGCAUCCGACCUCGACCUUCCAAUCGAACCGAUUCGCUUCCAACUUAAGGCCCACGAAGACUUUCGCAACGCGGCCCGCUUCGCCUCCAACAUCAGUCCCAACCCGAGCUCCAGGGAACAACCACCUCAUUUUCUAUUUUCCCGCAAGCCGCUUCCACCAAAGCCGCCUCCAUGCAUGUCUGAUCGCCUCCCGUUCGCGUCAAAUGGGCCGCCUCAAGCCCGCUUCACAAAGUCAAGCUCAGCAACCGCUCGGCCCAGCUUCAGUCAGCCCAAUGGGCCACCAAAGGAGGCAAACCGCCCUGUGCCUGUCCUCGACCCAUCAGUUCCAGUGUAAAGCCUCCCAUCAGGCCCAAGACCUCCUCCCAUUCACGUCCAAAGCGGCCCGCCUCCAUUCGACCCGCUUCACAUUUUGUCUCACAAGGAGGUCUCGCCUUCGCGUCAAAUGGGCCGCCUCAAGCCCGCUUCGCAAAGUCAAGCUCAGCAACCGCUCGGCCCAGCUUCAGUCAGCUCGAUCCGGGCUCAAUUAA